AUGCCAAAGUACCCUUUAUCAGCAGUACCCAAACAACAACAACAACAACAACAAUCUUCUAUUGGAGAGAAAAAGUCAUCUUCUUUAUUAAAUGAUGUGAAUGUGUGGGAACCCAACAAAGUACUCACUCCACACAUCUCUGUACGAUGUUGUCCGUUAACAACGGAAGAGUGUCGCACGUUUGCUGUCUCUCCACCGUACUCCUCACAUGGAAAUAAUAAUAAUAAUAAUAAUAACUCCAUUAUCGCCAUGUAUCCUAUUGCUGUGGAGAAGCGAUUAUCAUCAUCCAAUAGGAAUUCAGAGAAAAAGGAGGAAAAAGGGGGUAUUGGAAUUAUCGUCACAAGUCCAAUGGGUAAAGGGACCACAGAAAGGCAUGAAUUUCCAUCUGUGUUUGAUUACGUAUUCUUUCCACAAACCGUAGAGUGUUUCAUACGAUUACGACAAGAGUGGAAACAGUCUUUUCCUCUUCAUUCCCAUACUACUCAUACUCAUAAUAAUAAUAAUAAUACUAAUACUAAUAAAUCUAAUAAUAGUAAUAGUAAUAAUACUAUGCGUAUGAGUAUGGGAAUAAGAUCAGAGAUGGAUGGGGAUAUGUGUUGUUAUGAGACUCUACUGGAUUUGAGUUCAGUGGUGGGUGCAGAUGCCGCUUUGGCUGCACAAAUAAUGAGAAACGCAAUUUGCCCGAGUCGUGGAUUUCGCCCGGCACCACUCUCACAGUUUGAGGGAAUAUCAUUGUUUAGAAAGAAUGAAGAAGAUGAGGAAGAGGCCGCAGAACUUCAACGAGAUGUGGAACAGAUGGCCUUUAUCGAUCCCCUCUGUACAUCCAAGUCUAUAAAGGGAAGUAACUCUCCACGGAGUACACGGCAAACUCAUCGUUCACCAUUACUUAUAUCCUCAUCUUCUUCUUCACCUUUAUUAUUAUUACCAUCAACCACAUCUAUUGUGGAUGCGGCUGCGGUAGUAGAGGCGGAAAUGGAUGUAAAUCGUUUUCUCUCCAUGGAUGAUGAAGAUAAAGCUAUUGUACCGUUGUUAACAGAUGGUCAUCAUAUCGCUGUAUUAACAUAUGGUCCUCCACAGAGUGGAAAGACGUAUACACUCUUUAGUGCGAAUGGAAUUAUUACUCAUGUUGUGCGGGGACUUUGUCAACAACGUUGUCGAUAUCAGACAAUGAUGGGAAAAAGUAUACCUGCAGGAAUGAAGGAAGUCUGUUAUGAUAAUCCUAUACGGGUGGCAUUAGUGGCAUUUCAAGAUGAUCUCUCAUCUAACAGUAGUAGUAGUAGUAGUAAUCAUCAUAAUAAUAAUAAUAAUAAUAUGGAUAUGGAUAUUAAUAGUGAUAGUGAUAGUGGUCAUGGGAUAUUUUCAUCUGUGUUUGUGUAUGAUUUGUGGAAUCCCGCAUCCUUCGCUGCUGUCAAACGUACAGUCUCUCUCACUCGAACAACAACAACAACGAAAAGAAGAAAAAGAACUGAAACAUCAAUAAACACAAGUAACCGUACAGAAAGAGAAGAAGAGGAAGAAAAGGAAGACUCUUCAUUAUUAUCUCCUCUAUUAGUGGAGGGUGCUAUUUGGUUAGAUGUGUAUACAGAAGAAGAAAUGAUAUUUUAUCAACAAAGUGGAUUAGAGCACCUUUCACUUCUCCGUGAGAAACUCCACACACUUGCGGUUUAUACUCCAUUACAUAUUGCCCUCUUACUUCGUACCGCUAUUGGUGUGGGUAUGAAAACUGUAAAUAGCCCCACUGAAGGAGUAGCGACAGUGAAGAGAAGCAAAAGUAAUAAUAAUAAUAAUAAUGAUAAUAAUAAUAAUAAUAAUAAUAAUAAUAAUAAUAAUCCAACUCUACAAACAAAACAACAACAACAACAACAAAGAGAAUUACCAGUUUCUCCUGUUUAUCAUGCAGAAGGUAUAUUUAUUGAAUUACAAUGGACAUCACAAGUUGCCGAUGGAAGUUUACUUCGUUCUAGUUUAAAACAACAAUCCUCUUUCUCAUCUAUGAAGACGACACCAAGUACACUCUCACUAUUAUUAAAGUCUGUUCAAUUUGGAAAUGCGAAACUCUUUCUUAUUGCAACUAUACCUGCCUCUUCACUACGUGUAUUGGAUACGAUAGAUACACUUCAAACAGCAGUGGAUUGUAAAUCCUUAUGUCAACAUCCAUUACGUUUAUUUGUGCCUUCUUUGUUAGAUCCUGUUGUGGUGAUGCGUCGGGAAUUAGAAGCCAUCACGGCGAAACUGAAAACUAUAUCGGAGUUAAAGAAAGAUCAUGACAAUAAUAAUAAUAAUAAUAAUGAUAGUGGUAGUAGUAGUAGUAGUAGUGAUAUUGAUAUUGAUAUUAAUAAGAAAAAGAAUAUAAAUGAUACUAUUACAGCUUCAGAGUGGUAUCAUCGUCGUUUAUUGGUGUUAUCAUCAUCUAUACAACAACUAACAGCAACACCAGAAGAACGUCAAUUAUCACAACAACAACUUAUUUCAUCAUGGUUAAAGACCACACGUAUGCUGCGAAAAGACCUUGUACAAGCCUGGAUGAAUUUAAAGAAUAAACGUUAUCUUUCUUUUACCGUAUCCAGUAAAGAAGAAGAAGAAAAAGAAAAAGAAAAAGAAGAAGAGGGUUUAUUUACUAUGGGUGAUCCAAUAUUAGAAAAACCACUAAAGCCAUUUCUUCUUAUGCUACCAGCUCCCACUACAACUAAUACUAUUAAUACUAAUACUAAUCUCCAUCAUGGUGAGUUCAACACAACACUUGCGGCUACUGAAACAACUGCACUUCAUCAAUCAUUACAAGAAAUAGGAGGAAUGGAUACAUUACCUGUUUUUUAUGAUAUGAAUAUAAUCCAUAUUAGUGAUGGGGCUCCUUCUCAUCCCUCACUUUCUCUCUAUUUCUCAUCAACAUCCUCGUCCAGUGUUUCUUCACCUUUAUCACAGUUUACACGAGUAGCGACAACGAGAAGAAACGGCGCCGUCUUAAAUGAUUGGCCUUUACCAAAACAAAAUAGGAGAGAUGAUGAUUGGAUAGUGGAAUUGUCUGUUGAAUGUACUGUAUUUGGAGAAGUUUUUCUUACUGCUUCUCUACGGCGAAAUAUUCCAUUAGUUACUACUUCUACUUCUACUUCUUCUACUUCUCUCGAUUUAUCUAUACCACCGCUUCCACCUCCUGUUCAUAUAAACGGUCAUUCUAUUCCAUGGGGAUCUUCACAAAACCCGCAUGCAUUUCAUUCUAAUUCUGUUGCUGUUUCUAUGGGAAUAUCAUCGGAUUGUUUUUGGGUCCCACUUUCACCUGGUUCACGUAUAUCUAUUGGGCCGUAUGUGUUUAUCGUGAUAGUAAGAGUAGAAGCACCGUCUUUACUUUCUGUAUCUCUUCCUUCAAAGAUAAUAAUAACAACAACAGAGUUGGAGUUUAUUUCAAGAGGACGUUUAAUAUUAUGGGAGUGUCGUUGUCGUUUGGAAUUAUUUGAAUGGCAUCGACAACAAUUACAAUAUUUUCUUAAUGUUAAACAACAACAAUGGCAACAGGUCCAACAACGUCAAAAGAGGAAGAAACUUAUAUUUGGUGAUGGAUCUUCAUCUAUGCGAAGGGCUAAUGGAGGAGUGGAAUCUCUAUUAGUGGAGGAGAAUAGACAACGACUACGACUUCGUUGGGCAUAUGUAGAACGGGAUUUACUCCUAUUAUAUCAUACAGUUAUGCAAGAAUGUAUACUCGCGUGGAGGCGACUGAUCAACAGUAAUAAUAAUAAUAAUAAUAAUAAUAAUAAUAAUAAUAAUAAUACAUAUGAAGUGAAAAAUAGAAGAGAAAAAACAAUCAUUCCAUCGCCUUCCGUGUUAUUCCCAUUAGAGUGGAUGCCUCCUACUCUUACUGAAAGUAUAUAUACUAGUACUGAUAGUAGUAUAAAGAUAAAGAAUUUCGGUAAACUGAGUCCUCAGUUAGAUCUCUUGCUAAGAUGUGUAUCACAAGAACUCAUGACGAGAGAGGUAAUACCAAAGAAAUAUCUUUUUACUCCAAAACAACAUGGCACUCUCACUCAUUAUACUCUUGGUAAUAAAAACUAUAGCCAAAGUAACCAUACUCAUACUCAUAAUAAUAAUAAUAAUAAAUAUUAUGAUAUGAAUUCAGAUGCAAAUUUACUUAUGACAACAUUGUAUAUACGUGCUUGGGAAGAGAUUAGCAUUCAUGGAAGCUCUACGUAUACCAAACCAACUGGGACUCUCACCACUAUUCCAAAAGAAGAAGAAAAAGAAAAAGAAGAUGUGAAUUUAGAGGAAAGUACAGAAAGUGAAGGAUUUGAUGAUUUGAGGAAGAAACAAGAGAGGUCUCUACAAAUACGAGAACUCUCUCCAGAAGAGUUGUGUCGUGAAUGGGAUUCACUGGAUGAAUAUUUGAGUAUACAAUUAGAUAGGAAUCUAAAGAUUGAAAAAAAGUUAAAGAAACGUGCUGAGAAGAAGCAAUUAACUGUAGCACCUGUUGUACGUAUGCCUCGUGAGAAUUUUAUUUAUCCUAAUAAUCUUAUAAAAGUACGUUCAUUACUUGAAAACAGUGGAGGAUAUAUAUGUUUACUUUAUCCUUCUCUCUCUAUAUCAUCACUUAUCCCUGCAAUGCUGCUGUGCAGAUCGGAUAUAAAGAAUGAUCUCAACAGUAAUAAUGAUCAUCAUCAUCAUUAUAACAGUGUGGAGAAGUUUGAUUCUAUGGAUAUUGUAACGGAUGCUUUUCCCUCAUCUUUAUAUGUAAUGCCCUCUAUUCGGGAGUUACCAGCAGAUCGUCAACUUCGUCGACUUCUCGCCUUUCCAGAGGAACGUGAUUUUCAUUUACAUAAUUACAAACAAAGUCUAUUAUUAGAGUUACUUAAAUUCUUAAAAGAGGUGGAGCAAUCACGAUUGUGGAAACCAGAUGGACCAACAGUUCCUUUACAUAAGAAUGAAUAUGAAAACAUCAUCUCUGGAAAUGGUCCAAGUUUCCGUGAAACUAUUGAUCAAAACGCUAUGAAGGAGAAGGAGAAGAAGAAAAAGAAAAAUAUUUCAGAAGCGACAUCUAAAUUAACGAAAGGACAAGAAAAAUCAAAGGAAGAAAAGGAAAAUGAUGAAGAAGAAGAUGAUGAAGAUGAAUGGGAAUAUGAAGUGGCUGCACCUUUUUUAACAAUUCAUUCAUUAUGUGUUUUUGAUCAUUUACACCGUUUAAAACAGACAAAAACGGAUCUUCUUUCUACUGGGAAAACUACAAUAUUUAUACCAACAACAGCCGUUAUACGUGGUCACUUUUUAUACUACUUUGAUGGGGAGCAUAGACCACAACUGGGAGAUAAGGCGAAAGGUGGAUGUUAUCUCCUUGGAGCCACUAUAGUCGCUAUUACAAAGUGUACAUUAAAUGAAAAACAUAGUGAAGUCAUCGCAGAAGCAGAAAUUACAAAAACAACAACAACAAUAGAAGGAGCAGCAGCAGCAGUAGAGGGAAAGAAUGAACUCACACUGCAGAGUAAAAAUUCGGAAUCUUCUUAUGCUAAUAAUCAAGAAGGUUUAAGAGAAGUACUUCAAGCUGCAGAUGAUUUUAAUAAGGGAUCUAAACAAGGUUUAUCACAGAAACCGUUUCUGUCUUUUCCUAAAUCUGGUACAAGUCAUCAAACAGAAAAAAACAAAGAGGAAGAUGAUCCUACGAAAUCUCAUUCAUUUUUAAAACGAAAUAUCACUUUCUUUACAAGUGGUCAAAAUCCUAAACGUUUUGAUAUUAACCAUAACAAUAAGAGUGAUGGUGAUAGUGAUUUAAGUCAUUUCAUUGAGAUUAUUCCUUCUGUUCGUCGAAGUGGUGGUGGAAAUCAUCUCUUUGAUACCCGAAGAAAUCAUCUCUUGCUUGGAUUUCGCAGCUCUGAACUCUGGCAACAGUGGAAGAUGUGGUUAAAUCUCGCCUCUAUGCCGCUUCCCUCUCCACGACUGCAGAGACACUUUGGACCACAUCGUAUGGAAGAGGCGGCUAUUGCGGCCUACACCGAAUUGCAGUUGGCUCGACUGUGGGAAAGAGAAAAAAAGGGAAAUGUCUCUAUUCCACAGAAAAUGGUGAUUUCUCUUUGGGGUGAAAAGGAAUUUCAUGAUAGUGGACGUGCAGUGGGUUUAACAGCACGUGAACUUCGUUGUGUGUUGGCGGUGGUAGAAGAAAUAUCCUUAUCGUAUGUCUAUCUUCAACUUUUAGAAGAGAGAAGAAUAAUAGUAAGGAAAGGAAGAGAAUCCACCUUCUCUUUGGGUUUCUCUGCAAAGAAUAGAGAUGAUGAAUUGCAGGAAUUGUUAGACUCGGAAUUAUUGUUUGAACCCAUUAAAGGAUUUCCACGAGGAUUUCUUCGUUCUCGCUAUCGUCGUGAGAGUUCUGAACUUCAUUUAGGCCUUGGCCGUGCCCUGCAUAAACUCUUUAAUCCAUUAGAGGUCAAAGAGGAAAUAGCCUCUAAUGAGUAUACAAGAAGACAGUCUUCCAUGUUUAUAUCAGAAGAAGAAGAAGGAAAGAAAGAAGAAAAAAAGGAAAAAGAAAAAAAAGAAGAACGGGAAGAUAUUGGGGCUCUUGCAACUCCUUCAUUGGUACUCCCAUUAGGGGCGAUUCCUUUUGCGAGACAACUUCGAACAUGUUUUGUCACUCAUGUACGACGUAAAGGGAUUGGCAAUUAUAGUAAUCAUAGUAAUAGUGUGAGUGGUGUUAACAGGAGUAGAAAUAAUAAUAAUAAUAAUAAUAAUAAUAAUAAUAAUAAUAAUGUUUCUACUCUUUCUCAAACAGUGGAUUGUGCCUCUUCUGUACUGAGGCAAUAUUCUAACAAACAGAGAAAUAAUUAUUCUACUCCUAUGAAAUUUAAUACAAGCAGAAUGUCAGGAAAGAGAGAAGAUAUACAAACUAAAGAGGGAAUAAAUAGUGUUUAUACCAGUAAAGAAGAAGAAAAAGAAGAAGAAGAAGGAUAUUAUAAUGAAGAUAUUCCUAUUAACUGUCGAACCCCAUUUCGUCAUUUUAGGCUUCUGGAUGUGGAGCGAAUUCAUGCAGAUCGUUAUGCCUCACAUGUGUGGUUUAUUGAUUUAUUUAAUGGAACGAUUGAGUGUACAACGAGUGCACCUGCAGAGGAAGAUCCACGUCUACGUCGAGAUGGUUACAUUCGUUCAGCUGUUUAUCAGAGUUAUGAAUUACUUCAUGUAGGACGUUGUGAUUCUUUUACUGGAGAGGAUGAAAAAGAUGAAAAGGAUAUAAUGGAAAGAAAGAGAAAAGGAGAAUCUGUUUCUACACCUUCAACAUCAUCCUUUUAUGGAGUUACGAUUGUUUUUUAUCGUAAUCAUCAUAUAGUUUAUAAUGACUACUUUGAUGACUUGAUGGAACGGGAACGUUUUUUGGAAUCUGUUUCUAUACUACGUCCAACGGUGCGAAGCUUUGUUCCUGCUUUUACAAUCUCAUUACCCCAUCACAAUCUAUUUCAAGAAAAUCCUCUUAUUUCUAAUAAUAAUAAUAAUAAUAAUAAUAAUAAUAAUAAUAAUAAUAAUAAUGAGGAGAGUGAUGAUGAUGAUGAUGAUUUGUUGUUGGCUGAGUUAAUGGGUGAAGGGCCAUCGGUGCUCUCUCAUACACCGUGUAGUAGUGAUGUCCAUCUCUCUGCAGUAUUGCCCACUGCUCCCCUCACGAGUGUCGCCUGUUUUUGGUUUGCAGUUCUGCAGCAAAUGCAAGAGGAUGAUAUUCUGUUUACAAAUACAACAUCCACUAUAUCAAGAACAAAACCCGUAUGGUGGUAUAAACUACAUCAGCAGAAUAAUAAUAAUAAUAAUAAUAAUAAUAAUAAUAAUAAUAAUAAGAAACAACAUCAAUAUGGAGAUGAAAAGGCAUGGAAUAUUAGAGUAGAUGCUACUCUCUCUAAUAGCAGUGAAUAUAAGGCAAAGAAAGUUCAAGGCCUUGCCCCGUUUGCCUUAAGGGAAUAUACCAAAAAGGAUGAGAAUAUGGAAGAAAAGGGUUUAACAGAUGAAUUAACGAAAUUACAGGAAUAUUGUAAUUUACUGGACUCUAUUCUUGAGGAUGGUCCAUUCUCACAACGACAAGUAAAAAAUAAUAAUAAUAAUAAUGAUGAAAAAACGUUUACGGUAAAAUUAGAAGGAGAGUGUGGACUUCAGAUUAGUGGGGAAUCCACCUUGCCUCUCACUGUGUGGACAGGCACUGUAAAUCUCGAGGGAGUUCCAAUGGAGAAUUCAGAGUCGCUGCGUAAAUGGCUGGAGUUGUUAUCCCCAAAGUGGAUGAAGAAACGCAUGGCCUCUGAGAAGAGGAAAAAGAAGAAACAACAACAACAACAACAAGAAGAAUAUACUACUAAGGAAGAUGUUGUAGACUUUCUCUUUGGUCGUGACUCUUCAGAGAAGGAAACAGGACAAGAAGAAAAGAAAGAACAACAAGAACCACAACAGCAACAAGAGCAAAGACAACGGCAAAAGAAGAACAAGAUGGAAGGAAAGUGGUGGAAAAAUGUAGUGCCAUGGGCAGGAACCACUACGGCUUCACCUUCUCACUCUGUAGAUCCUAUAAGGCGUGGGGGAAAAAACAUUAAUCAUAUCUCUGGAUAUCUUGAAGGAAAAGAAAAUGUAGGAGAUGGAAAUGUCAUGUUGUAUGAUAUCAUUGCCCUUACUGUACAGGAAUUCUCUUUUCAUCACACACCAGAUCAUUUUAUUGCCUUUGUACAAGGUUGGUUUGAGGAACAGGGAUAUGUCGCUUUAGCUAUUGUAUCUUUAGAUGCAUCUGUUGUAUUAUUUGUAUUGGCGAGAAAAUUUGUGGCUUGUCUGUGUGGAGCUGUACGUACAAAGAAGAUUCCACUCACCUUCUCUGCACUUCAUGGAGAACGUGGGGCGGUUGUUGUGACGAUGGAAGUUGGAUCUUCACCGGUGUGUUUUAUUGCCCUUUACUUGCCUACAUUAGCAUCUCAUACAGUACUUCAACCUUUAGCGUUAGCAACACAAAUUGCUUUUAUUCGUGAAGUGUUAAUGCAUAUUCCAGGUGGUGUUCGUGGAAGUUUCUUACAAUCACAACAACAACAAGAAGAACAAGAACAAGAACAAGAAAAGGGUUUACAAACGAUGGAUGCACAUGAUGCUGCUGUGUUAAGUGCGUUACGUCGUCAAACGAGUACUGUAGAUGGAUUGGAGUAUUAUGAUUAUCUCUUUUUAAUGGGAUAUUGGGGUAUGCCAUUAUUUCUCUCUUCUUCACAUGAAGAAGAAAAGAAAGAAGAAGAAGAUGAAAAAAAAGAUGUUGGAACCUCUAUGGUUUUGGUGGAACUAAUGGAAAAACUCCAAUGCGCUCUUGCAGAAGAAGAGAAGGAAGAAAAAGAAAAAAGAAAGAAAAUUCAUGAAUAUGAACGAAUUGGGGAUAUACAUGAUUGGAAAAGAAAAAUGAUGAUGAAGAUGAAGAAGAGUCCUCAUCAUGGUUUAUUCCCUGUUGUGAAUGAACUAUUAUGUAAUCAUGAUAUAUUAACGCUAUUACGAGAUUCCUCAUUACUCCUCUCGCCCAAGUCUGGUUUAAUGGAGGCGAUGCCGUUAUUUUUUCCAACCUCCAGAGUUAUUCCAGGAACUACACAUUACAGUUUACAACUUAUUCCUGAAAAGGGAUAUAAAAAAAACAAUACAGAAAAUGCUCUGGAAGCGGAUGGAGUCCUUUUCUCAUAUUCUUCUCGUAUACUUUAUAAACAGCAGCAAGAGGGUGAAAUAAAAUUACUGAAUCGACUCCUUACACCACUAGCAUACGGUACGGUCCCACCACUACCAUCAUCCACUCCACAUAUUCUCAAACUUUGUAAAUCACAUCCACAAGUUAAUAUACGCAAACAGAAUAAAUUGUUAAAGAAAAUACGAAAAAGCAAACGAACUGUAGUAUCCAAAUCAAGAGAACAACUUCUUCUUUCUAGUCAUUUACCCGUUUGUGCGGCAUUUACUAUGCAUAUACUACGUCCUUGUAUUGGUGGUGCACUUUGGCAAGAAGAACAGGCCGCACAACCGGCGGCUGGUCAAGUCUGGUGUUUACGUCUACGUCGUCUCGCUAUUGAAAUACCAGAGAAAAAUGGACAAACUUCAUCUUUACUAGAUGAACGUUGUCUUGCUAUUGUUAUACAGUUUGUUCCUUUUCUAUCUCAUCCACUUGUAAUUAUGGCUCGUGAGAGGAUGAUGAUGGGGGAGACAGAAAUGGGAAGAAGAACCAUGGGAACAACUACAAGAGCUAUUUUACGUUAUCGACAAACAAAACGGACGGUAAAUAUUCAAGAGAAUACAUAUAUCUCUCCUCACAUAAUGCCUUUAGAUUCAUUAGAUUGUAUGAUUGGUGAUUACACAGUGGAUCCAGCCAUACCAGUACAAUCAAGAGAUAAAGGUUCAAAAGCGACAACAAGUGGUUCACUACCUUCUUUACCGUCAACGGCACUUGCAGAGAUUUCCCUCGUGCCGCAUCAUGCGGUUAGUCUUGCUCAUGCCAAAAUGCUUUUAUCUAUUUUUGACUACAGCAACAGUAAAGAAGAAGCGCAUCUUGUUGGGUCGGCAACACUACCACUUGUGAAUAUUAUGCACGCUACUGUAGAUCAUGCGGCUGGUGGUGGUAGUAAUAGUAAUAGUAGUGAUGAUGUUGCUACUGUAUUAGAGCCUACAGGGAGGCAGAGAAAUAGUACCUUAAAUGUACCAAAUAAUAAAAAGAUACCAGCAGAAGAUGUGGAGUUAAAAUUGCCUGAAAUUUCUUUACAUCGAUCUGGACAGUGUGUUGGUAGUGUUGUUGUUAUUUGUUCUCCUCUCAUGUGUACCCCUGCUUCAGCUAAUACUGUUGUUACUACUGUAGAUAAUGAUUAUGAUAUUCUGUAA